AGUUCACGCUCCGUCCCUCGGCGCGGCGCAGCCGAAGUCCCGCCCCGGGCCUCUCUGGCCCUCUGGAGGGCUUGUAGUCUGUGCUCCGCGGCGCCAGGAGGCUGUGGGCGGGUCCGACGUGCGGCGUGUAGAGUCAGUGCGCUGCUGGGGCCGGCUGCUUUCUAGUGUUUUGGCUAUGGGGCUGUGGAAGGUGUGGAGCGUCAUGUCCAGGUUUAAUUCAUCCAAAAGGACUAAUACCAUACUGCAGCAUUUGACAAUGUCUAAGCACACGGAUGCAGCAGCAGAAGUCCUAUUGGAGAGAAAAGGUUGUGCAGGAGUGAUAACACUAAACAGACCAAAGUUCCUAAAUGCACUGAAUCUGAGUAUGAUUCGGCAAAUUUACCCACAGCUGAAGAAGUGGGAACAAGAUCCAGAAACAUUCCUGAUCAUCAUGAAGGGAGCUGGUGAAAAGGCUUUCUGUGCUGGGGGUGAUAUCAGAGUGAUCUCAGAAAAUACAAAGACAAACCCAAAGAUGGUUCAAGAUUUUUUCAGAGAGGAGUAUAUGCUGAACAAUGCCAUUGAUUCUUGCCGGAAACCAUAUAUUGCACUUAUUCAUGGAAUAACAAUGGGUGGGGGAGUUGGUCUCUCAGUUCAUGGGCAAUUCCGAGUGGCUACCGAAAAGUCUCUUUUUGCAAUGCCAGAAACAGCAAUAGGGCUAUUCCCUGAUGUGGGUGGAGGUUAUUUCUUGCCACGACUUCAAGGAAAACUGGGAUACUUCCUUGCAUUAACAGGUUUCAGACUGAAAGGAAGAGAUGUGUACACAGCAGGAAUUGCUACACACUUUGUAGAUUCCGAAAAGUUGGGCAUGUUAGAAGAUGAUCUGUUAGCCCUGAACUCUCCUUCAAAAGAAAAUAUUGCAGAUGUCUUAGAAACUUACCACACAAAGUCCAAGAUUGAUCAAGACAAAUCUUUUGUCCUUGAGGAACACAUGGACAAAAUAAACAGUUGGUUCUCAGCCAAUACUGUGGAAGAGAUUAUUGAAAAUUUGCAGCAAGAUGGUUCAUCUUUUGCCCUAGAGCAGUUAAAGGUAAUUAAUAAAAUGUCUCCAACAUCCCUGAAGAUCACACUAAGGCAACUCAUGGAAGGAUCUUCAAAGACCUUGCCAGAAGUAUUAACUAUGGAAUAUCGGCUCAGUCAAGCUUGUAUAGGAGGCCAUGACUUUCAUGAAGGUGUUAGGGCAGUUUUAAUAGAUAAAGACCAGAAUCCCAAGUGGAAACCAGCUAAUCUAAAAGAAGUUACUGAUGAAGAUUUGAAUAAUCACUUCAAGUCUCUGGGAAGUAAUGAUUUGAAAUUUUAAAGUAACUGGAUUUUUAAACUAUUAUUUUGGAGCAGAAGUUGGUAAACCAUGGCACAUGGGCCAAAGCUGGCCUGCUGCCUCAUUUUUUUUUUUUUUUAAUAUAUCCUUCAGCUAAGAUUGGUUUCUGUAUUUUUAAAUGGUUGGGGAAAGAAAUCAAAGACCAGUAUUGCAAUGGCAUGUGAAAAUUACAUGAAAUUGAAAUAUCAUUGUCCAUAAAUAAAGUUUUAUUGGAACAUG